AUGGAAAUUCAAAAUGCUAUUCAAGUAUCUUACGGAGGGGAAGAUAAAUUUACGAAUGGCGAGCAGACACAUCAUGGGUUCGGGCUUGGUAAGGAUUUUCAAGGAACACAUCACUACAGCAAUCAGCCACUAUCACUCGCCGGCGGCGGAUAUGCGAGGCAAUUGUGCCUAACCAAGAGCCCAGGAGGGGAUGUAUACUCUCUUGGCGACUUUACUUCGCGGGGACAUUGUAUUCUUAUUCUACUAUCCCUUGCCCUCCUUGUCAACACUGGAAAUAUAGAUCUGCUUGUCGCCGACGUGCUCUACGAUCUGAGCACUAGCAUACCGAGGGCGACGAAGAUGGAGACGAAGACGAAGACGAUAUCUUUGAACUAG